GACAUUUCAUGUAUAUAUGGGAAAAAGUCAGAUGUUCUAGAGUGUAACACACAUGCAUUGUAUUGGGGCAUUGCAUUCCACAGCACACUGCAGUAUUCAAUGUGAUUCAUUUGCACGCAGUUGAGUUAUUAUUUUCUUUAACCCUUUUACCAUUUUCAUUGUUUUUUCGUUGUUUUUUAAGUUCUCGGUUUUCGAAACGUAACACAAAAUUAAAAGAAUAAAAAACAACUUCUACUCAUUUUUCAAUUAACCUACUGUGCUCUCUAUCAACACCCAAGUAAUCUUAAAUGAAAACAAAACAAUUACGAUUAUAAAUCCAAAUCAAAAAUAUCAACUUUAUUCCAACGGACCAAGUAAACAUAUCAUUUUUUCUAAGUCGAACCACAACAACAACAAAAGAAUUUUUUUUAAAUCAAAAAAAAAAAAUAAAAAAAAAACGCAAACGAAACCAGGAGGAAUUUAUUUGCCAAAACAACGAAAAUUACAAAUCAUUACCAAAAUAAAAAUCUACAAUUUAAAAGAAGAAAUCAACAACAACCAAAAUCCAAAGAGCAAACAAAAAAAAAGUACACCAAUGCAUUGACGUGUCAUUCAUAGUGAAAACGGAACUAAACUGCAAUAAAUAUCAAACAAAAAUGGCUGGAAACAACAGCGAUAACAGCGAAAAAAGUUGUAGCAGCAGUAGCAGUAUCAGCGGCGCCGUUGAUAGUACUGUUGAUGCACCCGUUGACAUGAUUAAAUUGCAACAAGAAUUUUACGAAAUGUUUGGCCACAAAACCAGCGUUAUUUACGAUUGUUAUACGAGCAAAGUGGCGCUCGAAGUGAAAAUCGAUUUAAUGAUGCCUGAAAUGAAUAAAACGAAGCGUGACCAGCUGGUUGAUUUGAUUUGGUCACAGAAAAAGUACAUGGGCGACAAGCAUCUGUUUAUGUCACCGGUGUUUGUGUGCUGUGUAUUUGACACAAAUAUCAAGGAUCAUUUAACAUACCCGUUGGACAUAAAGUCCACACGAUUCUCAAUACAUCCAGUGUUUCGUGUUCAAAAAUGCCUUGGCACCACCACCGAUGAAAAUGGACAAACCAAGUGCUGUGCCAUCUUUGUGGAUGAAUUUGGGCGUGCCUACGUCAAUUGGAAGGAUUUUCGUGAGAAAAAUAAAUACGAAGAUGGAUUGGUGAUUGCACCGCGAACAGGAAUCUAUAAUGGGUCAUCAAAAGAUCAGGUGUUGUUGGAUAUUUUUGUGCGAAGAUCGGGUCUGACCAAGAAUUUGGACACUGGAUCUACGGUUGUUGGUUUAGCAUCAGCUGGUGUGGCUGCGGCAACAUUCAUACCAUCGUUGGUCGUGGCUCCGGUUGUAGUUGCUGGUGCGGCUGUGGCAGGAAUCUCGUGCGCUGUGUACACUGGAAUUCGUAGUGCCUAUGAUUUGUAUGAUCGACGAUAUCAUAAGCAAAGUAUUGGGAUUAAAGAUAGAGAGGCCAGAGCAUCAUGGUUUAACAUUGCGGCGGGUACAUUAUCUGCGGGUGCAGCUGGUGCGACACAGCUCAUUACGACGGCCGCUCAAAGCGGCCAAAACAUAUCACAUUUAACACGGAAUACGGUUCGUUUCAUGAAUAUCGGUGCGCUGAGUUUGCACACAACAGGCUGCUUGGAUGGUUUUCACACAAUGCUGUCAAAUUGGACAAAUGGCGAACCGAUUUCCAAAGUGCACUUAGCACAGUUGAGUGCGUCGCUGUUUUUGUUAACACAUUCCAUAAGCAAUUUCCAAGCGGCCGAACAAAUUAUGCGAUCCAACGACUCAAGCAAUCCAAAUUCGAUGAAAGAAAUUUUAUGCGAACGCCAAAAGGGAGCAUUUUCCCAUCUGGUGAAUGAAACGGUUUUGAUUCGUGGUCUACGCACGGAUGUUGGCCAAAUUAUUGUGCGAUCGAUUAAAAGUUUGGGCGACCCGAGAGAGCUGUUGAAAUUUGUUGAAGCUCAGCAGCAAAAGAUACAGCAACACAUGACUGAAGCAACCAAAAAAGAAUCUGAAGUUGAAGCUGAAGCUACAGUAAAUGCAUCAGCACCACCAUUCGAAGACGAUAAAAUUGUGAAGCAAGAAGAUUUCUGUGUGAAUGUAAGCCUGGCCGUCGUAAUGGAGUACUGUGAAGUAUUCGAUAAUCGCUUAAAAUCGAUGGUGGGCACAUUACAGCAGCAGGUUACAAACCGUGGCACCGAAUCACUUCGAAAAGUUUUGGUUCAUCUGUUGGAUGACAUGACGCUAAAAACUUAUGCGAUAUUUUUGAAUUUUGUGCAAGAGCUGGUGGUUCGUGUAGCGAACAAGUUGGAGGAACAAAUUGGAGCACCAACCCAUUUUGAGCGCUUUCUCAAAUUGGCCUAUGCACAAUUUGUCGAACGAUCGACCAAAGAGAAAUUUUUGGAUAUAAACAAUUACAUUUUAACGCUUGAUUCAGAUAAGCUGCAUUUUAUCGAUUUUCAAAUUCGUGAAUACUUAAACGAACAAACAGCUGAAUCGCUGGCCACUUUAGAGUUAAACUAUGAUGCUGCACAUGCUUACAAAUCCGAUUUGAGCGAUAAUCGCAAGGUGUAUCUGCUGAUUGAAGAACGUGUCGAAAUGUUUUCUGGCAAAUUUAAAAUGUGCUGUGCCACGGCCAAUGUAAACGAGCUGCACGAAACCAUUGAAGAGAUUUUAAAGCGUUUGUCUUAUGAAUCGGCAACGAUUUUCUUUGCAUUGGCCAAAAAAUUGCUGAACGAUCAUGCGGUCAAUAUUCAAUUGUCGUUGGGACGCUUUAUAUCGGUGGAUAUAUUUAUCACCGACAUUUAUUGCUUGCUUACCAAAAUUAGUGCCGAAGAUGGUUGUGCCUCACUCAAUGAGUAUCUCUUCCAGUACACCGACGAUCUAUAUGACCUAAUCGAAACUGAGUUCAAGCAAAAUUAUGUGCUUGAACAUGAAAAUUCCUUGAAAAAGACACAGUGUUCCGUCUGUGCUGGUGAAGCAUUCGUCUAAACUAACUUCCAAUUAAAAAAAAAAAAAAAAAACAGAGAGAAAAACCAAAGCAACAACCUGAAACUCAUUCAAGUGUGGCAACCAAAAUCAAAAAUAAACACCAUCAACAACACAAAACGCCAUAGCCGCCGUAAUCGAUAUAACCAUAAUGAAACUGGCUACUCAAUUCAACCCCAAAAGUGAACAACAACAACAAAAAUAUAUCGUAUAUUUAAGCUUAACCAUGUAGUGUAGUCGUUUAGAUGAUGAAAAUGGCAAACGCUUGCAACGCAAAGUUAUUUAAAAGCACAACAACAGAAAUGUUUCUAUUUUGAAAUUAAACCAAACCAAAAAAACCAAACAAAAUGAAUUAUAUUAGAUUAAAUCAAUAUAUUUUUGUGAUCACCUUAUAUUACAAAGAGAAACAGAUACUGUGUUAUCUCUAACUUAUACAAAAAAAAAAUAAUUACACGUAGAUAAUUAUAUUAUAAUAAAAAAAAUAGUUUCAUAGUUGCAAGUAGACAAA